AUGGAUAUUGGUGAAAUGAAUGAUCAAAAUAAGUUAAAGACGACACUUCGACCACAAGAAUUAUUACUUACAUUUGAAGAUUUGCUUACACUUAUACAAGAAGCUAUUAAAUCUCCACGUCUCGAUUUUCGAGAUCCAAUGCUCUCAAAUGAUGAUUAUCUGGCAUGGACAGACUGGAAUAUAGCUCAGUUUGAUAUCCUGUUCGAUAUGUUAUCUCCAUUUCUUCGGUCGUCAUGCAAUCGAUCAUUAUUUAACUACGCCGGUGAUUCUGAAACUCGUCGAAAACGAGUUGCCGAUACUUUCGAUUCAGUACAAAUUCUUCUUGUUCGUAACUUUGUACCAUUAAAUCUCGGCGUUAGUCAUUUAACCAGAGAUGAAGCACUUAUUCAUAAUACUUCUUUUACUAAGGAGUUUUGGGAUAACAGAGUAACUAUAAUAUGGGAUGCACUACUAGAUGAUAUUAAUCGUGGUUUAAUUAGUGCUCGAUCGAACUGGAAAAAUCUCGAUGAACAGGAUAUUGAAUUUCCAGAAAUGAAUUUUAAUAAUCUACCAUCAUUGUUUUUUGGUAUUUAUCAAAUCAAACAAAGCAAAACUUAUUCUGAAAAGCACUUAAGACGACAAAGAAAAUUCUGUUAUACAAGUAGCUCCUGA